AUGAAAUACAUCCUCGUCCACUGGUCUGCUACAAAUAACACUACCGUGUUAACCGAGGAAUUUGUCCAUGACAAAAGUAUGCUGAACGACCCGGAAAAAAAAGGCAUGAUUCGAUAUGGAACGAUUGGGGCUAAACCACCUAUUAAUGGCGGUUGGAAAGCUUAUUUGGGGCGAGUUAUUUUCGUAAAUGGUGAGUAAUUUAUAUGUUUAUUCUUUAUUGACGAGCAUUAAAUCCGAAUUAAGCCGCAUGUUUGUUGUAAGAUAUAUUAAAAUGCGUAUAAAGAUAAAGCGGUAUAUUAAAAACUAAGCACGUGUCAAAGGGCUUUUAUAUAAAGGCCAUUAAAAACUACUUAUUUUACCUAUUUAGGACAAUUUAUGCCCUCAAACCGAGAGUUAAUAGCUAGAAAAGCUGCGUUUUUGAAAUAACAUGUAGAAAUGAAGUGUCCCAGUUGAAAAAUAUUGCUCUAAAAUCCAGAUUCACUGUUGUAUAAAUUGUCUGUAUCUCACUGAUUUGUAUUGGCGUCCAUUUUGAAUCUGAUAAUUAAUCGGGCUUCAUCCGGGGGUUGCCAACAAAGAGUUUUGUUGAUACUUGACCUAUGAUGGGUCUCUUUAUAUGAUCCCGGCCAGACGGGACAGGAUACUUACGGUAAUGAGAUCCUGCUUGUAAUACAAAUUCUAAAGUGUGUUUAUAUGAUCCCGCCUAGAUGGGAUCUUGGCAACAGAUGCCGGGAUCCCACCUAAGCGAGAUGAAAAAUUCCCAUAUAAACACUUCAUCCAGCCUAGCCGGGACGAAAAAAUCCCAAAUAUAUCCCGGCUAGGCAGGAUGAACUUUUCCCUUUUGAGCUUGCAUAAAUGCUUUUAUUGCAACAAAAAUAUGACGUCAAGCACUUAAAUGGCUUCAUCCCAUCAUGUCUAGGCGGGAUCGUAUAAACAGACCCUAAAUGAAGAAGGCACACUGUUCCUAAGAGUAUCCUACCUACUUUGUUACAAUUAUCUGGACAAUUUUCAUCGAAGUGACUAUAUGUCUGGCAGUUGUUUUGAAAAAACUAAAUGUCUGGUAGUUUGAAAAUUAUUUGUUCGUAAACAUUGACCACGAUAGAAUGGGAAGAUUCGCUGAAAACUAACCACAAACAUAACAAUUUAAUACAAUCUAACUGCUGGAUUUUAUAGUCACUUUGAAUAUUAAUUGUUACAUUACAGACUUGACAUGAUCUUUAAACAUUAAAGCCAGACCAUUUACUUGGCAAGGAAAAUACUCACUAAGUGGUAGAUUUUCUUCAUAAUGUCUUAGCUAAAAUGUUUUUAUUAUGUAUCUGUUAGAAAAAAAGAAACUGGUUGAACUCGAAGAAAGCAAAUUCCUUGGGGAAUGUUCUAGUACAGAUGAUUUCAGCAGUGGUGAAUUAGAUAAUAAAACGAGAAGAACAAAAAGAAGAUUAUCAUCUGAUUCUGAGAAAUCCGAGGUUUUGCCUUCCAAAGAAAAAGUCCAAAAA